UAAUAAUUACAUUGACGUGUAACAUGCGUUAAUAUAUAUCCUUAAAAUAGAAUAACAUGUUCAAUAGAACGACUAGUUCGUAGAAGUUCAUUUAAAUACUAUGUAGACGUCAACUCGUCGCAUUUUUCAAGUAACGGGGAUUUUAUUCACGAAAAAACUUUAUGUGCAAUGUGCACGAAUAUAUAUGUUUUUCACGAAUGGAUCCUAACUUUUGUAUUAUUGAAUUUUACCGUGUCUUCUACUUUUUCUGUUUCAUCACUACGGGUACAAGUUUAAAAUUAAAAAAGGAUAGACAAACUGUGGUCAUUUUGUCAUUUGACGGAUUUCGGUACGAUUAUGUAGAGCGCGUAAAUAUGCGUCACUUUAAAGAAUUUGCUAGGAAUGGAGUUAAAGCUGACUCUUUGAAAAGCGCAUUUGUCACAAAAACGUUGCCCAACCAUUUUACUAUGGUAACUGGUCUGUACGAGGAAUCACACGGAAUAAUAUCUAACUACAUGUAUGAUCCAAAAUAUGCGGAGUACUUUGAUCCAGUACUGUCUUCAAAAGACUCUAAAUGGUGGAGCAGUGCAGUUCCUAUAUGGAUAGAAAAUGAGUUGCAGUACCUUCAAGACGGCAAUCGGACUCGUAAAAGUGCUACGAUUUAUUGGCCAGGGUCAGAAGCAACUUAUAACGGACACUGGCAAUAUUAUACGGAAAAAAAAUAUAAUCAAAAUUAUACAUUUAAAGCUCGAGUUGAUAAAAUAAUAGAUUUGUUACUUGAACCUGAUCCAGUAAACUUUAUUGCAUGCUACUUUGAAGAACCGGAUUAUACAAGUCAUAAGUAUGGGCCAGAUCAUGAAAACACAUCAAUCGUACUUCAAAAAGUUGAUGGACUGCUUGGUUAUUAUAUAAAUAAAUUAAAAAAAGCAAACCUCUACACCAAAAUCAAUACAAUUAUUGUAAGCGAUCAUGGAAUGAUGUUCGUAAAAAAAGAAAAUGUCAAAACACUUACAAACUACUUACAUCCUGAUGCCUAUAAUAUUUAUAGCUACGGCACAUUUCUUCUAAUUCAGCCUAAACAUGGGUUGCUGGAAGAAGUCUACUUUAAUUUGACAAAGGUUGCUCAUUUAAAAACUUAUAAAAAAGAAAGCAUACCAUCACAAUGGCACUAUAAAACCAACAGGAGAAUAACAGAUAUUUUUUCAGUAGCAGAUCCCGGUUAUUACAUAUCACCAAAUGAAAAUGUAACUGCUGAGAUAUUAAGUGACUUUGGAGAUCACGGCUACGAUAAUAAUAUAAAAGAAAUGCAUGGUAUAUUUUUAGCGCACGGACCGGCUUUUAAAAACGGUUUAAAUGUCGGAUUAGUUGAAAAUAUAGACUUAUACGUUCUUAUGUGUGAAAUAUUAGAGUUAAAACCGAAUCCUAACAACGGUUCAUUACCUCGAGUUUUAGGAAUGCUACAAGAAAAAACGUUGUUUUCUAUAAUUAAACAAAAUCCCACGUUCGUUGUGAUUCUACUUUCGAUUUGUGGUUUGUUUUUAAUUGGAGUACUUUGUGCGUGUAGUCUUUCGUGUUUUCGUAGUAUUAAAAAAUCGGCAAAAUAUGCAGCACUUUAUCAAAAAGAGGUUCCUUUGUCAGAAUGGUCAGAAGAUGAAGAAUUUUUUACGCGAAGCAAUUAAAUGUCGUGUGACCCAAAACAACAAUUAAAAAAAAAAACAUAUAUAGAAAGUGCCACUGGUUAUUAAUUAGUUUUUUUUUCAAAUGAUUUUAAUAUUUAAUAUAUAAAUCUAUGAUUAUAGAAAAA